AUGUUCGGCAGCGUCGCCCGCCAAACCGCCUUCCGCUCCACUCGAGCUGCCAACCAGGUGGCUCGCAACAACCUCGUCAGGCCCACUGUCGCUCCCAAGGCAAAGAUCGCCCCUGCUCUCACCCGUAAUGUCAACAUCUGGGCGCCCGACGUCAGCGAGAAGGUCUCGAGCAUGGACCACAGCUCUCUGCGCCAGCAGAACCCGGGCCCUCCCCCUCCCAUUGAGAAUGUCGGUGUCGACGCCGUUCUCCGCGAAAACCCCAACUCGCAAGACAACCACACGACGACGAUCUUCUCCGAGUUCUCCCUCGAGGGCAAGACGGCUGUCAUCUCUGGUGGUAACGGUGGUCUCGGUCUCGAGAUGGCCCUCGCCUACGUCGAGGCCGGCGCCAACGUCUAUGCAAUUGACAUCCCUCAAAGUCCCUCCGAGGAGUUCCGCAUCGUCGCUGAGCACUGCCGCAUCAUGAACAGGAACCUCAAGUACAUUCCCUGCUCAGUCACCGAUGACGCGCAGCUCAACGAGGUCAUGGAGGCCAUUACGGCCGACUCUGGCCGCAUGGACAUCUGUGUAGCUGCUGCAGGUAUCCUCCAGACGUACAACGCCCUCGACUACCCCGUCGAAGCCUUCAAGAAGGUCUUUGACGUCAACACCACCGGAGUCUUCCUCACUGCCCGUGCCGCUGCCCGUCAGAUGUACAAGAACCCCGACAUCCACGGCUCUAUCAUCCUCAUCGCCUCCAUGUCCGGCUCCAUUGUGAACCGCGACCACUACUGGGUCGCUUACAACGCCUCCAAGUCAGCCGUCCUCCAGAUGGCUCGUAAUUUGGCCGCAGAGUGGGGUCCUCAUGACAUUCGUGUCAACUGCAUUUCGCCCGGACACAUCCGCACGCGCAUGACGAGCGUCUACCUCGACGAGAACCCGCAUCUCCUCGCCAAGUGGUCCACCUCGAACCCCCUUGGCCGUAUCGGUCGCUCGGCUGAGAUCCGUGGUGUGGCCGUCUGGCUCGCCUCGCCCGCGUCGAGCUUCUGCAACGGCUCCGACGUCAUCGUGUCGGGUGGCCACCAGAUCUGGUAA